GUGCAGCACUAGCUAGGGAAUCAUAAGCGUGAGCACUUUCAUUUCCACUCUGCUAUAGUUUGUCCAAUGAGACGAAAGAGUAGAUAUAAACAAAACCUGAUUGCUGUGACCGCAGCUAUUGACUCCCAAGUAGUGACGCUGUAUAUUGGUAAUUCUGAUUAUUGUGAAUUGUGGGGAAUUUUAUAUUAAAAUUGUUGGAUUUUUUCAUAAUUUGCGCAUGUCUUGCGCUUCUCUCUCGCUUUGUUGUAUAUAACCACUCUUUUCUUUGCAAAUGCUCAAGUUCGAAGUUUGAUCAGUGUUAAAGUGGCAUGUGAUAUUGGUGAAGAAAGGUUAGAAGUUAUUACACAGACAAAAGUAUUUGCUGUUAAAAUUGAAAUAGACUAUCAUAUACAAUGAAUAUUGCGGAUGGAGUUGGAUACACGCGAUCGGAAGUAUUUGUACUUGUGGCAAGAAUAUCGUUUAUUGCGGCUUUUGGAUUUUUCAGUAUGAAAUGGAUUAUGAAUCAACUUGAUCCUACGAACAAUGCAAAGAAAAAAGCUAGAAAAAAGGCACAAGAACAGUUACGAAAAUUGGCCAAAACUGAUAACCUACUGUGGACAGUAGAUAUGGAUCAGUUGACAGAUUAUGAAAUGAUGAUAGCUAAUCAUAUAGUAGAUCCUAAAGAUAUUCGAGUUUCAUGGGAAAAUAUUGCAGGCCUUGAACAUGUUAUACAAGAACUCAAGGAAACUGUAAUACUGCCUAUACAAAGAAAGGAAUUAUUUGAAGACUCUCAAUUAACACAAGCACCAAAGGGUGUGUUGUUGCAUGGGCCACCAGGUUGUGGUAAAACAAUGAUUGCCAAAGCAACUGCUAAAGAGACUAAAACAUGUUUUAUUAAUUUAGAUGUAAGCAUUCUAACUGAUAAAUGGUAUGGUGAAAGUCAAAAAUUAACUGCAGCUGUAUUUUCAUUAGCUGUGAAACUUCAACCAUGUAUAAUCUUUAUUGAUGAGAUAGAUUCAUUUUUAAGAGCACGUAAUUCACAAGAUCAUGAAGCAACAGCAAUGAUGAAGGCACAAUUUAUGUCUCUGUGGGAUGGAUUAAUUACAGAUUCUUCUUGCACUGUUAUAAUAAUGGGUGCUACUAACAGACCACAAGAUUUAGACAGAGCUAUUCUUAGACGUAUGCCAGCUACUUUCCACAUUGGUUUGCCAAAUGAGCAACAACGAAUGCAACUUCUGAAACUGAUCUUAGAUCAUGAACCAGUAGCUGAAAAUAUGGAUAUAGCAAAACUGGCGAAAAUAACGGAAGGCUUUUCUGGAUCAGAUCUGCAAGAACUUUGCAGAAAUGCGUCGAUUUAUCGUGUUCGAGAUUAUUUGCGAACUCAUACACAAGAGGCAAGUACUACCAGUACUGACGAUGAGGAAUAUCAUGAUGCAGUACGACCUAUAACAAUGGAAGAUCUUCUCACAUCGUACAAAAAAAUAAAAACAUCUAAAAUACAUACGGGUACUCUUAGUGCUCUUAAAUCUGAUAUAGACUAAACAAGAUAUUAUAAUAUAUCAAUCUACUUUAAAAUUCUUUUAUUUAAAAAAAAAAGUUAGGAAAACAAUUUUAUAGUAAUAUUUCUCCUUUUCAAAUAUCCAAAUGUGUGUAAAAAAAAUGUUUGCCUUACUGCAAAAUUUCAUAAUUGGUAAAUAAUUACUUACACUAAAAGGAAUAGAGCGCGUGAAAGAAGAAUGUAUAUAUACAUAACCAUGUAUAUAAUAUAAAAUUACGUUUGAUAAAAUUAUUAACCUACAUAUUUCAAGACGAAAAAAUUUGAGUCUAAUUUAAAUUAUUAUACUGCGUACAACACAUUGUUUUAAUAAGGUUUAUGAUACAAAGAUGAUGUAAAAAAGCCUAUACUUUCUUCACACGCAAUUUGAUUAAAAGUCACUGAAUUUUUCAAUAUUUAUAUUUUGCCAUUUUAAUUUAAUUCUAUUUUAAUUUCUUUUUUAUUAGUUAGUGAAUUAAAAUUAAUCAUACUGGUAGUUUCUAAAUAUGUCCGUGCAUAACAGUGCAUUUAAGUGUAUAUACGUGAUUUCGAUUAAUAUAGGAAAUAUUAAUAUGGAUAUAUCUUCAUUAUUGUUAUGUAAAUUAAUUUGUUAAUUGAUUGUUACUUAAAUGUAUAAGCUUUUGUAUUUAUCAGUGUACAGAUAAGAAUUCAUAAUUCUUGUUCAUAAAUAAGCAGAUAUUUCGAAUAUUAUUAUUGAUCGCGUCUUCGCAAUUGAUAAAAACAAAAUUAGCAGCGAUAAAGAAAUUAUUAUAUCUAAUGCACAAAUAAUUUAAACUUGAGAUGGAGACUAUAACCAAACUUAACAGUACGUGUAUAGAAAAAUUAACACUGUUCGAAAAUAAUUUUGUGUAAAAGACAAUGCAAAUUUAUGAAAUACCGAAAAGAAAGAAUUAUAGUUUCAUAUAUUAAAUAGUUUGUUUCUAUGUAUACGUAUAUGACAUUUGGUUAAAGAUUACAAUAACUUUUAA